AUGAAAACGUCAAUUCUCUCACUCAACUUCUUCGUCCUCCAGAUCAUGGGGUUUUGGAGGCCGCCUCACUGGUCAUCUCCGUUAAAAAUAAUCAUCUACAAUUUUUACUCGUGUCUCAUGUGUUUUGUAUUGUACUCGGUGACAGUGUCUCAGUUAAUUGAAAUGAUCCGGUCACCAGGUACUGUAGAUGAUUUUAUUAACAACUCUCGAGUGCUACUGACUAUGAUGAACGCUUGCGCUAAGUCCUUAAGCUUUAUUACGAGGAGAGUGGAUAUUCUGAGGGCGAUAGACAUCAUUGCCACCCCUCCGUGCAGCCCUCGCUCUGCAGCGGAAGCUGCUAUUCAAGAAAAAUACGACAGAAGCAUCAGGACGAACUCAAUCAUUUACGGCACAUUUAUCCAGACCUCAGUGAACACUGUGAUUCUCCAAACAGCCAUGGAAUGUAUUCCCAAUCGAAUUCUGCCAUUCAAGUCCUGGAUUCCUUACGAGAUUAAUUCAGACCUGACAUUCUGGCUCACCUACAUGCAACAAACUGUCGCAACAUAUGUCACCUCAUACGUCAACAUUUGUUAUGACACUAUUGUGCCAGGAUGCAUGGUCCAAACAUGCGCUCAAUUGCAGAUUUUCAAGAGCCGUUUGAAAGAUUUAUGUGAACAUGAUUGUGAAAAUAAUAAACAUUCUGGCUUGCAAGACUUGGAGUAUGAUGACAGUGUGGAUAAAAAACUGGUCUCAAACUGCGUAGAGCAUCAUCUAAAAAUACUCAAAUUUGCAGAGUUAUCGAACAGCAUAUUCACCUCCACUAUUUUCACGCAAUUCGGAAUAAGUUCGCUGGUGAUUUGUGUGAGCGUCUACGAUCUAUCGAAAGCAGCUCCAUUCUCUCCUUAUUUCGUGGAAGUCAUUCUAUAUUUAAUGUCAAUGAUGCUUGAAAUAUAUCUCUUCUGUUUUUACGGGCACAAUGUAACAGUAGAGAGCAGUAGAAUUGGAAGCGAUAUUUACGAUUUGGACUGGGUUUCGCUUAAGAUUCCUGUGCAGAAGAGUCUUCUGAUUAUCAUGACGAGGUCGAUGAAACCUCUCAUAUUCACCAGUGGACAUGUGGUUGUGCUAUCGCUUGCAUCAUUUACCAGUUUACUAAAAAUGUCAUAUUCUGCCUAUAACGUUCUCCAACAAGCGUCGUAGAGACGUCGUAACG